CUUCCUGUGCAGCUGCUGCUGGACACAGCCAGAGCAUUGAGAGAUAUCAGGUAUUGAUGUAACUGGAGUGAAUAAGGGAACCUUCUUCCUGAGCACAGACAUUGGAGCCUGUUAUCAGCAUGAACGCAUAUGUGUUAGACAAUCACUUGAAUAGUUCAUACCCAUCCUUCACUACAGGAAGCAUCAGAAUGAUACCACAAACUCCAAAAGUCUUAGAUACUAAUGACUAUUCACAAACAUUGGGGAUAUCAAAACAGAUAUUUAAAGGAGAUGGAGAAUUGGCAGGAACUGGGCAGCAAUCAUUAUGUACAGAGAGUAAUUUAGUCAUCAAACAAGAGGACAACAUUUAUGACUUAUCUAGUGAAAUGAUUAUCCCAGAGGAUAAACCACACACAUUUACUGAGUUUUCAAAACAUUUAAAAGAAGGGGAAAGUCUUAAGUCUAGCCAAAUGAUUCAUACAAAUAAGAAACCAUUCAAAUGUACAGAAUGUGAGAAAAGAUUCACAUGCAAUUUGCAUCUCCUUGAACACCACACAGUUCACACAGUUGUGAAAACUCACACGUGUACAGAAUGUGGGAGAUGUUUCACAUGUAAAGGACGCCUUAAGAGUCACAAAAAGACCCACACAGAGGAGAAACCUUUCACGUGUACAGAGUGUGGAAAAAGUUUUGCACAAAUGAGUCAUCUGAAAAGUCAUGAAAGGAUUCACACAGGAGAGAAGCCUUUCACAUGUACAGAGUGUGGAAAAAGUUUUGCACAAAUAAGUAAUCUGAAAAGUCAUGAAAUGAUACACAAAGGGGAAAAGCCUUUUACAUGUACAGAGUGUGGAAAAAGUUUUACACAUAAGAGUAGUCUUAAAAGUCAUGAAAGGUUUCACACAGGAGAAAAGCCUUUCACAUGUACAGAGUGUGGAAAAAGUUUUACACAAAUAAAUAGUCUGAAAACUCAUGAAAGGAUUCACACAGGGGAAAAGCCUUUCACAUGUACUGAGUGUGGAAAAUGUUUUACAUAUAUGAGUAUUCUGAAAACUCAUGUAAGGAUUCACACAGGAGAAAAGCCUUUUACAUGUACAGAGUGUGGAAAAAGUUUUACACAUAAGAGUCAUCUGAAAACUCAUGAAAUGAUUCACACAGGGGAAAAGCCUUUCACAUGUACAGAGUGUGGAAAAGGUUUUACACAAAAGCGUAAUCUGAGAGAACAUGAAAGGAGUCACAAGGGAAGAAACCUUUUAAAUGUUUAGAAAGUGGAAAAAAAGGUUUUUAUAUACACAGUGUACAAAACUUUUUACAAUUAUCCUAAAGAGGACAAACUCUCUAAAUAGAAGCAUCAAAAAGGAUCCUAUUGUAAAUAAUACUUUCUAAUCCCAGUUAUAAAAUCCCCAGAUUGGAAGUGUUCUCCUGCUGUCCUUUGUUCCUCUAUAUAUGUGCACCUCAGUUUCUCUCAUACCAAUGUGAUAGAAUCCAAACAGCACACAGGAAUAUACAGAUCUGUCCUCAUACUGACCAGUUUACACAACCAUUUACCACCAAAGCACCCCCAGUGUUGUUUAUUAAUACUCCAGUGUUAGGAGUUGUACGUUUGAUUUACAUAGGGGAGGAAAUAAUUACAUUUACAGAAUCAAGAGUCUUUAUAUGAAUAGAGUGUUAGAGAAUUAUAUAAACAAGAACAUCAGUCUCAAAUGAUUGACAUCUCGGAGAUAUAUUUAAUGUGCAUAUCAUGUGGAUAAACCUUUUCUUAUAGCAAUAGAUGCUUAGCAUUGUACAUGUUAUAUACCAGAAGAAUUACAUAGAAUGUGUCAUUUUAAGACACUUUAAACUUCACUUCUGUUAUCAAAUUUACUUUGUUCUCUUGGUAUUCUUUGCUAAAAAGAAUAUGUACAUAUUCCCAGCAGCAGAAAGUUACUACUGGGAGCUGACUGCUGAUUGGUGGCUACACACAUGACUCUUGCCAUUGGCUCACCAGAUAUGCUCAGCUAGCUCCAAGUAGUACAUUGCUGCUGUAAAGCUCACUUCAACUAUGUGUUUAAUCUCUUUGCAGGAGUUAAAUCAUAGUUAUAUACAAUUAGUGGUACAAUAAUAAACUGAUCUUAUAAAUUUUUUAUAUCCCUUUAAUUAAUAACAGAAAUAAUUAAUACAAAUUAUAUUCUAGGUAAUAAAUAUCUUGUUAGAUUUGUCACAAUGUUAUUUUCAUUAAAGGGACAGUCAAAAUUAAACUUUAAUGAUUCAGAUAGGGCAAUGCGAUUUUAAACAACUUUACAUUUGACUUUUAUCAAUAAAUUUGCUUUGUUCCCUUGGUGGUAUUUUCAAAAAGCUAAACCUAGGUAGGCUCAAACUGAUUUCUAAACCGUUUAAAACUGCCUCCUAGCUCAGAGCAUUUUUAAAGUUUUUCACAGUUAGACAGUACCAGUUCAUGUGUAUCAUAUAGAUAACAUUGUGUUCUCUCCCGUGGAGUUAUUUAGGAGUCUGCACUGAUUGGCUAAAAUGUAUGUCUGUCAAAAGCACUGAGAUAAGGGGGCAAUCUGCAGAGGCUUAGAUACAAGCUAAUCAGAGGUAAAACAUAUUAAUAUAACAGUGCUGGUUAUGCAAAACUGGCUAAAGGGACUGUAAACACCUUGAGACUGUAAUAUAAACUGACUAAUUAUUCCUAGGAAAACAACUAUACCGUAUACUUUCAUUGUCUAAUAGUAUUGUUAUAUCAGCUGUUUGCCGGGAUAUUAUCUGUGUGUCACAGACGUACAGUGACUAAUAAUGCAAUAAACACAUAGAGGUAACUUCACUGACUCACUAUUUAAUGUCUAAUAGUGUUGUUAUAUCAGCUGUGUGCCGGGAUAUUAUCUGUGUGUCACAGACGUACAGUGACUAAUAAUGCAAUAAACACAUAGAAAUAACGUCACUCACUAUUUAAUGUCUAAUAGUAUUGUUAUAUCAGCUGUGUGCUGGGAUAUUAUCUGUGUGUCACAGACGUACAGUGACUAAUAAUGCAAUAAACACAU